AUGGCUGCCUCCAUCAAACUGAUGGUGAUGCUGACGCUGGCGUUCGCCCUUUUGGCGAGCGUGCACUCGGCUGGCAACAUAAACCUGGAGUACAAACAGUUCGACUUCCAGCUGAGGGAGAUCCAGACCCCUGAGACUUUCUUGUUGACAGGCACCACCUUUGGAAGCGAAUUGGUGGGCUUUUGCUUCGUGACAGCUGGCCUCACUGUGACGGGUCAGAUCCAGUUUGAGUGCCUGGGCACAUUCAUCUUCAAUGACGCGCACAACUCCAGCUUCUCCGUCACGGGCCCCGUCAACCCGAAUGUGCCACUAGACCUCGCCGUCGUUGGCGGCACCGGCCGCUUCUCGGGCGCGACUGGUGUCGCCAUCCGCAGUGUCAUUGUGGACAGCCCUACCAAUGUGCCACCUUCGAUCUUCGCCUUCAACGUCCGCUUUUUCGCGCUGGCCCGCUCGAUCAAGUUGGCGGCGCUCGGUUAA